AUGUCCCGCAUGGCAAAAGACAACACCUUCCAGGCGCCCCAGAGCGCCCAAACCCAGAACACACCGGGCCUCGAAAGCAAAAUGCAGCCCGCCAGCGAAUCAACCAAGCUCGAGACCUCCGACGGAAUCGCAGAGUACAAGGGCUCCGGCAAGCUCGCCGGGAAGAAAGCCCUUAUUACGGGCGGAGAUUCCGGAAUCGGGCGCUCCGUCGCAGCACUCUACGCAAAAGAAGGCGCGGACAUCACAAUCGUGUACCUCCCCAUCGAAGAAUCCGACGCCCAGGAGACAAAGAAGCUCGUCGAGGCCGAGGGGCGCCAGUGUCUCCUGAUCCCGGGGGACCUGCGCGACCGGACAUUCUGCAAAGACGCCGUGGACAAGCACGUCCAGAAAUACGGGCCCAUCAACAUCCUAGUCAACAACGCCUCCCAACAAUUCUCCUGCCCCGACCUGACAGAGAUAAACCUCGACACAGUCGAAGACGUCUUCCGCACAAACAUCAUCCAGAUGUUCGCAAUGACCAAGUUCUCCCUCCCACACAUGGGCAAAGGCGACUCCAUCAUCAACAACACCUCCGUCACGACGUUCCGCGGCACAGCGAGCAUGGUCGAUUAUGCGAGCACCAAGGGCGCGAUCGUAGGCUUUACGCGCUCCGCGGCGCUGCAGCUGAUUCCGAAGGGGAUUCGGGUUAAUGCUGUGGCGCCGGGGUCAACGUAUACGCCUAUCCAGGUUGAUACGCGGAAUGAGGAGCAGAUGCAGGGGUGGGCGAGUGGGAAGCCGCUCGGCCGGCCGGGGCAGCCGAGUGAGGUUGCGACGAGCUUUGUGUUCCUUGCGAGUUCGGAUGCGAGUUUGUUUUAUGGGCAAAUCAUGCACCCGUAUCCGCUGGGUGAGUAG